GUUUGUUAUUUCAUUUCAUUAUGUUGUUUACGUUGCUUGUUAUUGUUAUCGGCCUGUAAUGUGAGACACUUCGGGUUUACUUCCGACAGUUUUCCAAGAAAUUUUAAAUAUCUGUAAUGUUAUUAUAAAUAAUUUCAAAAGUGCCCGAUUAAAACCGAUUUUAAAAUGUAUUGUAAAGUGUGUGGUAAAGUCGAUGAAAGAUACGACGAAAAUUCUAUAGUGAACCAUGAAGAUACUCCUAAGCACGUGUGUAACUUGAUUUUAUAUAAUUAUAAAAUGAACAAGAAAUACUUCAGCAAGAAUCGGGAUGGAGUUAUUAUCUUAUGUAGUUCUGAAUAUGAGUCUGAGAAUGCUACUGGUGUAACAGUACAAAACAGCGACCACCACAAGAUUAGGAUAUACGUGAAACCAAAGGAAAAAGUUAAAUUUUCGUUUAAGAUUAGCAAUGACUCCAAAAAAGAGGAUUUACUUGUCAUAGGUAUACAGCUGGCUCAUCCACAACCUCAAUUCAUAAUGUCUGCUCAUCAAUAUAUUUUUGGAGAAGAUCCUAAUGUUUUACCUAAAAAAUCAUCUAUAGAAGAAGAUAUUAGUGUAAAAUUUAUGGCAAUGGAUAUUGGACAAUAUGAAAUGCCUAUAAUGUUUACUUUUCAUCGCAAGAGUGAUGAAAAAAAUAUUAUUUUCAUACGAGAAAUGGUUGUUUUAGUUCAAGAGGAGUUCAUUGUCCACACUAAACAAAAAAGUCCUUUUACUAGUGAACCAUGGAUGUAUAGUGAUCGCUUCGUCAUGUCGAACUCUAAUAGACCUUAUUCUUUGACAUACAAAGUUCCUCCAUUAUUAAAAAUUUUGUUUCCUCGUGGACUCGAAGAUACGGCACUAGAUGGUCUACGUGUGCCCAAGGAAACACAUGAACAGCUAAAAUUGCUACUAGUCUCAGCUAGAGAAAUAUUCGACGAGGGUGUUACAAAAAAUAAUUAUAUGAUGUUCUUCCAUUAUUUGCUUUGGUGGGAGGAAAUUAUUGGAAGGAUAAAUUUACGGAGAUACAAUAUGAAAGGUGUUAAAUUGGAGAGGAGAGGAUACAUAUUAAAAUUAGAAGUACCGGGAUUAGCGGAAAAACGCCCUUCGUUAUUAAGAGGCGAUCGCGUGUAUAUUCGUACAAGUUAUGACGUAGUGUACGAAACGAUAAUCAAAGAUAUUGAGGAUAGUCAUAUACUAUUAGCUGAUAUGGAUCAAUCAUUCCUGUCGGAACACACGUCGCAGUCGCUGUACGACGUGCACUUCCUAAUGUCUCGCGUGGGGUACGAGCGCAUGCACGCGGCGGUGUCGUUGCUGUUCAGCAGCAAGCAGCACUGCCGCGUGUUCCCCGAGCGCGCCGCCAACGCACCGCGCCGCGCGACCAUCUCGCGGUUUUAUAAUCCACUAAUCGCUGCCAAUGCGGAACAAAAGGCUGCAGUAGAACACAUUGUCUCUGGCACGUCGGGCUUGGCGCCCUACAUCGUGUUCGGACCGCCAGGAACAGGCAAAACUAUGACUAUCGUCGAGGCCAUUCUACAGUUAGUACAGAGUAAUCCGAGCAAUCGCAUUAUGGUGUGCACUGAUUCGAACAUGGCCGCGGAUCACAUCGCUGUAAUGUUGCUAAAGUUUAACAAACAUCUUCAAGUUCGAAACUUCCUCCUCAGGGCCAACUCGCAGUCAAGAGCAUGGAGCGCAAUGCCGCCCGAACUGGCGCCACACUCCAACGGCACGUGCUACGAGUCCUUCUACCCUGUCAGCAACGAAAUGGCUUCUUCUUAUCGCGUGUUUGUCACGACGCUCCUGCACGCCGCCAAAUAUGGAUCGGAGCGCAGCCAGGCGGCGCACCGGCUGCAGAUGACGCACCUGUUCAUCGACGAGGCGGCGCAGGCGUCGGAGCCCGCCGCGCUGGUGCCCGUGACGGCGCUGCUGGCGCCGCGCGGCCGCCUGGUGCUGGCCGGCGACCCGCAGCAGCUGGGGCCCGUGUGCAUCUCGCACGAGGCCAGCCGGCGCGGCCUCGGUACAUCGCUAUUAGAACGGUUGAAACUGACACAUGAAAACCUAUACACAGACGAAAACUACAUAACGAUGCUCGUCAAAAACUUCCGAUCCCAUCCUGACAUACUGGCAAUACCAAACGAAUUGUUCUAUGAUAAUCGUUUAGAACCGCUGGCGCCGCACGACCCGCUGAGUGACAGCAACGUGCUGGGGCAGCCGGGCGGCGCGUGCGCCGUCGUGUUCCACGCCGUGCACUCGCGGGAGGCGCGCGAGGGCUCCACGCCCAGUUAUUUCAACGAGAUAGAACUGAUGAUGUUGAAAAGAUACGUGAAGGCUUUAAUCGGUGAUCACCAGGUGUCUCCAAAAGAUAUAGGCGUCAUUGCGCCGUACAUUCGACAGGUGUACAGAAUGAAAUCCUGGCUAACUAACGAAAACUUAAAGGACAUAGAAGUGGGAACAGUAGAGGCUCUUCAAGGGAAAGAAAAAAGAGUCAUACUAGUGUCGACAGUAAGAGCUAACUGUAGACUUUUGGACUACGACGCCAGAUAUGGAUUAGGAUUUCUAGUCGAUGAUAAACGUUACAACGUAACCCUGACAAGAGCGAAAGCUAAGCUCAUCAUUAUCGGUAAUCCGACAUGCUUGACGCGGGAUAUCAAGUGGCGCAAGUAUAUGGAAUUAUGCAAGAUAAACAAUAGCUAUUUAGGGGAAGAUUCCCAACAGAUUGAAAGGUCUUCUCAACUCCUUGAGGAAAUAGCCAGAACCCGCUUCAACUCAUGUCGACUUUCGGAGGCCAUAAAACCAAAAACCGAAAAAUGUAAGGAAAUAAGCCAUAAUUAAUAGGGCAAGUAGUUAGAUAAAUCUAAAACGUAACAGUUAAUUUAGGUCUAAAUUUUUCUUGUUUUUGUCUUUUGUAUGUAUUUUUCCGGCUUGGGUGUCUGUCCUUGUGGGUCUCGCCACCGUGUCUUGGAAACACUGUGGUUGUUAUAGACACCAGCAGGCCUAGCAUGCGUACAACGAGAUAUCUCUUGACGAGAGAGAGAGAUAAUGUCUACAUCGAGUAUUUUCUCGAUUACCCUAACAUGCGCACUACGAGAGACAAAAUUCUCUUCCGAAGACUUCGCCUUGUCAUGUAGAGAAAAUUGUGCUGCCCUUACAAAAAAAUAUACCAUUUUUUAAUAGUGAAAAA